AUGUCCAUGACAUCCAGAAUAUUCACCAUCACAGGCGGCGCAUCCGGCAUUGGUGCCUCAACAGCACGUCUACUCGCCCGACGAGGUGCAAGAGCCAUUUGCGUGGGAGAUCUCUCGACCCAGAACUUCCCCGAUCUCACCGACUCAAUCAAGAAAAUCAACCCAUCGACGGAAGUCCACUGCACCACUCUAGACGUGACUUCUUCGUCAGCCGUCGAGAAAUGGAUCCAGACUGUCGUUUCGACCUUCGGUGAAUUACACGGCGCCGCCAACGUCGCGGGGAUAAUCCAGCCGGCGGAAAUACGAACGACACCGAAUAUAAAUAUACUCAAAGAGGCCGACGAAGCCUGGAACCGGGUUCUCCGCGUUAAUCUCGACGGCGUGUUUUAUUCGACUAGGGCGCAGGUCCGCGCCAUGAAGGACUUGCAGCCUGCGGAUCGGAGUAUUGUUAACGUGGCGAGUGUCGCCUCCAUGAUGCAUCUCCCGCAUGGAUUUGCGUAUGGUGCGUCGAAAGCCGCCUGUGCACAUUUCACAGCCAGUGUGGCGAAGGAUACGUUCCCGUUGGGGAUUAGGAUUAAUGCGGUUUCGCCGACCGCCACGGCAACACCCAUGUUGGGCAAGUUUCUCCCCGAUGCAAAGACCGAGGACGACAUACGCAAGGUGUGUAAACAGUAUGGACUGCCGCUGGUCGAAGCGGAGGAUAUUGCUCGGACGAUUGUGUGGCUUUUGAGUGAGGAUUCGCGUCCUGUGUUUGGGGCGAAUAUCAAUGUUGGGGCGGCGAUUCCAUAG